AUGUUGAUCGCCGCUGCGUCCACGCGGCAGGGCGAGACAUCGGGUGCCGCCCGCCUCUUGGCCCGCGCGCCACCGAGCCGCGCGCCCGCCUACGCGCCUCCGAGCCGCGCGUCCUCCUCCGCGAACACGCCGCGUCUCGCCCGCGCGAGCUACGCCUCUCAAGUCGCGCCGCCAAGCCGCCCGCUUGUGCCUGCGCCCGUGCCGCCGUUCUCUCGUGAGAACUCAAAUCCGAGUGUUCCGCGCACAGCGCCUCCGCUGGCGCUAAUGCCCGCCGCCGCGCCGCCGUCGGAAGCUGCGCCCGCCGCCGCGUCGUACCGCCGCGCACGCUCCGCUUUCGCGCCCGCCGACCGCGAGUUAGUGGUAGUUCAGACAUGGCGGAUUCCGCGCGGAUGCAAAUCGCGCGGUUCUAAACGCAAGUGUUCAGACAGGCGCGGAUGUACAUGCGGAGUGCCGUUAUUCGCAUAG